UGCCCCAAGUAGAUAAAGGUUGGAAGAGAACACGCACAAAAUUUAUAUAUAUAUAACAAAGGGGGGAAUAAAAGGGGGGAAAGUUGCAGAAAGCAUGCAGCUCAGGGAGCGAGAGAGUAGUUAAAAAAGAUGGAGCAUAGAUGUGCAGAGUAUGGAUUCCCGAUAGAAACUCUUUUCGUUCAAUACUCACCGGGCAACAUUCAACUCAUGAGAUGUGCGAAUUGCGAAGCAGUUGCAGACGAGUACAUCGAAUGUGAAUUCAUGAUUAUUUUGAUUGAUUUGAUUCUGCACAAGACAAAAUCGUAUAGACAUCUUCUCUUCAGUGUAAUCAAUCAGCGUAGGGUCACUUUUGAGGGUUUGUUAUGGAAGUCAAUCUUUGUGUUUCUUCUUUUGGAUGCUAAUAGAAGUCUUCUUUUGAAAAGAAACGCGGGAGAGUGGGGUUCUUCCGUGAGCUUUUCUUCAAUUGUUUCGACAUUCCAAGAGUAUUUUCUUCUGCAGAUACUCGUGGAUGUCUUUGUUGGAAACUUUAUGUUUAUCUGUGUUUUUCUUCUUUCAAUGAGGCUGUUGCUUAACACAUCGAUUCAAAUCUCCAGGUGCAGAGACAUUUUGCUUGCAGUCCUAGUUUCAAGUCACUUCAAGAUUUUUCUUAUUGCCACAAUGGUUUGGGAAUUUCCAUUUUCUGUAAUUUUCAUCAUUGAUUUAUUUGUUUUAUCAUCCAACAUGGUGGCAUUAAAAGUUUUCAGUGAGCCAGCUAUGAAUAGAUGCAUUGCGGCCUGCUUCUGUGCACGUGCUGUUAAGUUGCUUGUCACUCAGAUAUCCACUCAGAUAUCAUUGAGAUUUUAAAUCAUCUAGUAUUGUUCAUCUUCCUCGUAUUCAAGCACAUCAUGACACGCUAGCCAUUUUGGUUAAAAUGCCAAUUUUGGUUGACUGCUGAACAUGAGUUGUGCAAAUUUAAUUGCCAAAAUUGCAAAAAUCAACAUUCUGGAAAUGUGAUUGUGUCUUGGAGCCCCUUCAAAGCUGCUUGAGUCUUUUUAAAGCAGGCGCUCUUCCAAGUUAUUGGAGUGACGAAGCUGCUGAUAAAGCAUGCACGCACCAAAGUAUCCUGGGAGAAAGCAGUGAACGUUUAAUGAUUAAGAGCAUUGCAGUGAAAUAGCAGCCACAUCAAUGCAAGUGAUUCAACGGAGUCAAUUUUGUUAAAGAGCUGAAUGGUUUAAAUUGCAAGCCACCAUAUAUGCUUGCUCCGUGCACCCCUUCCCAUGAAAGUUAAUCUUACUGCUCUACUGCAAGAUCGGUAGCAAGAUGACCACUCAUUCUAGUUGUCUGUUCUAUCUCUAUUUUUUCAGCUGGGGAGAAAUUUCAUUUGUAAGUUUUUCAUGUCUUUCUUUCUGUUCUUUGAAAUGAAUUCAAUUUGCUAUUCAAAUUAAGAUUUAAGAAAAAAAAAAGUAAUUGAGUUGGUUUCAGUUCC